GGUAACAUCUCCAUGGUCGUAUUGGGCGGAGACCUCCCUUUUAACAAAGCCUCGGCAAACAAAACUGUACCACCUUUUGCCAUGUCAUUCCUCCGUGGUCAUUCUAACUGUGUGCAUCAUCACCGACGACACACCGGACCAAACGAACUUGGCAACAAUUCAGAGGAGACUGGUACUGGUCUUUGUUUCAACCAUCUUGUGGGAAAUUGAACCAACGAUGAGAGGUGCGGUGCUUAUAGUUGUCGUGGUUCUGAUUGAAAUUAUUUCGGUUGUUUCAGGGAGUGAAGUUGAAUGUUCCGAUCCUGGGUUGCCCGAAGGAGGCACGCGACGGGGACCGUCUCGAUUCACGCCCGGUAGUAAACUGAGCUUUGACUGUCCCGACGGUUAUGAAAGAGUGGGCUCCCCUGUGUCCGUCUGCCAAGAAAGCGGUGAAUGGUCCCUACCUGUACCCCAGUGCAUCGCUGACUGUCCGGGAAUAGCAGCACCCGCACACGGCGCCGUGUCCGUCUCUGCUGCAGCAAAGAAGUACGGUACCGUGGCACUCUUCAGCUGUGAGCCUGGGUAUAGUUUGGUCGGGGCUGCUGCUGUCACCUGCCGGAACGGACAAUGGAACCGCCCAGUGCCAUCUUGCUUCGCUGACUGUAUGGGUAUUCCGGCUCUGUCAAACUCCGUUUCAACAGGAGGUACAAGUCACGGUGACGUCAUACAUUUCAAAUGCCUGGAGGGCUAUCAGCUGUUAGGGAAGAGUAUAAUCACGUGCAAAGAUGGCGCCUGGAGUGACGAGUAUCCCAGUUGUGUGACCAAUGUCAUGAGUUAAAGUAGAUUUUAUUCAGAAACCUGGAAAAUAUCCUGUCAUUUGAUUCAUAUCACAUUUUUCGGAGAUAAUUUCUAAUACAGUAAUACUUGUGUCCGUAAACCUGAAAAGGUUUUAAUGUUUGACAGUGAUGGCUAUAAGUUGAAAGAUUCUAAAAACAUCAUUGACUUUAUGUUCAAGAAAAAUUCUUUUCAAUUUUUUGCACUAUAAUGAAUAAUUAGUAAAGCCCUUAUCUGGGCCGUUUUCCAAUACUCGACUUGGGUCCCGAUUCAGGCUUCAACUUUUUUUUUUUUUUACUUCCUGACUCUGA